GGCGAGGCGGCGGGCGGGCGAUGGCGGCUGCAGCGGCGCUGAGCUCCGAGAGGUUGGAGGUCUCCAUUGACGGGCUGACCCUGAGCCCGGACUCGGAGGAGGCGCGGCCGGGCCAGGCCGACGCGAGGCCGCUCCCCGCUGCCGGGGGCCGGGGCGGGCGGCCGGGGGCUAGCGCCCAGAUGGGGCAGAAGAUGGACGAGGCCGGCGGCGAGGCCGGCGGAGACAGCGACGGCGGCGAUGGGGGCCUGAGCCUGGAGCGGCGAUGGGGCUUUGGCCUGGAGGAGUUGUAUGGCCUGGCCUUGCGCUUCUUCAAAGAAAAAGAUGGCAAAGCAUUUCAUCCAACUUAUGAAGAAAAGCUCAGACUUGUAGCACUGCAUAAGCAGGUUCUGCUGGGACCUUACAAUCCAGACACUUGUCCUGAAGUUGGGUUCUUUGACGUUCUGGGAAAUGACAGAAGGAAAGAAUGGGCUGCCCUUGGAAACAUGACAAAACAAGAUGCCAUGACAGAGUUUGUAAAGCUCCUGAACAGGUGCUGUCAUGUCUUCUCAACAUAUGUUACCUCCCAUAAAAUAGAGAAAGAAGAACAGGAAAAGAAAAGGAGGGAAGAAGAAGAACGUAGGCAACGUGAAGAAGAAGAGCGAGAGCGUUUGCAAAGGGAGGAAGAGAAACGUAGGCGAGAGGAGGAAGAGAGGCUGAGACGGGAGGAAGAAGAGAGGCGGCGGAUAGAAGAAGAGAGAUUCCGAAUGGAGCAGCAGAAGCAACAGAUAAUGGCAGCAUUGAACUCCCAGACUGCUGUUCAGUUCCAGCAGUAUGCAGCUCAGCAGUACCCUGGCAACUAUGAGCAGCAGCAGAUCCUAAUUCGUCAGCUCCAGGAGCAGCACUAUCAACAGUACAUGCAACAACUUUAUCAGGUCCAGCUUGCACAACAACAGGCAGCUUUACAAAAACAGCAAGAAGCAGCAGCCACAGCAGGAGCUUCAGUUACUUCUGUAUCGAAAGCAAACCCAGCUGCCACAGGAGAAAUCCCAUCUGUCAAUGGGCAAGCUAGCACACAUACAGACAGCUCUGAAAAAGAUCUGGAAACUGAUGCUAUAGAAGAAGCACUAGAGAAUGGACCAAAAGAAUCUGUUCCAGUCAUAGCAGCACCAUCCAUGUGGACACGACCCCAGAUUGCAGACUUCAAAGAGAAGAUCCGCCAGGAUGCAGAUUCUGUGAUCACAGUGGGCAGAGGAGAAGUUGUGACAGUCCGUGUCCCAACGCACGAAGAGGGCUCUUAUCUCUUCUGGGAGUUUGCUACAGACAAUUAUGACAUUGGUUUUGGGGUAUAUUUUGAAUGGACAGACUCCCCUAACACAGCAGUCAGCGUACAUAUUAGUGAAUCCAGUGAGGAUGAGGAUGAGGAUGAAGAAAAUGCUAGCAAUGAAGAGAAAGCCAAAAAGAAUGCCAACAAGCCUCAACUAGAUGAAAUAGUGCCUGUGUACAGACGAGACUGUCAUGAAGAAGUAUAUGCUGGCAGCCAUCAGUACCCAGGGAGAGGGGUCUAUCUCCUUAAAUUUGAUAAUUCCUACUCGUUAUGGAGGUCAAAAACAGUUUACUACAGAGUCUAUUAUACUAGAUAGAGAUCUCGUUGUGCUGGAGGCUGGGCCGGUGCAGAAGAUGUCAUGUUGUUUGGAACUUCCAUCAAGCAUACUGGACCUUUUGACUCUGUUACCCUGUCUGAUGUAUCUGUAUGGUUUUUGUGUGUGUGCGUGUGCGCGUGUUAACUUUUGGCACUGGGAUCUGGGCUUUCUUCUGCAGCUCAGUGUUGAUGCAGUUUGUGGGGACAACCACUCCCUUCUGGUUGUUUGCCACACUGUGAGACAGUUAAGCAAGUAGCAUACACUGCAUAAACUGGCCUUUUAAAACCCCUGAAACGCUAACACACAUAUACAAGGGCAUGAUGUUUCCUUGGUGGCACUCAGUCUGAUGUUGCCUGACCUGUAAGCUUUGAACGUUUAAAGAUGAUAAUUCUGUUAGUCGUUCAUUUGAGGGUACCAGCCUUAUUUGUGGGGGUGGGGAGUCUGAUGCAAUCUGCACUGUAGCAAGCAAGUUUCUUAAAACUGUAUUUGAAUGUCAGAAUUUUACACCAUUAAACUUGAAACUUAGUGGAUGCAGUUUAGAAACUGAUUUGUCUCGUCGUCUGUUCUCAUUGAAGAAGUCAUUUGGAGCCUCCCGGUUGAAAUGCCAUGCGGCUGGAUGAGGCCUGGGAGUGUCUGUGCCUGCCCUGCAUGGAGAUGUGUAGGCCUAUUCAAAGCAAGAAAGUAUGUGGGAUGAUAUAGAUAUAUAUUUAUAUGCACAUCAGAUAAAUUUCCUGCUUUAUUUUCAACAUUAGACCAUUUUAAUAUUGGACUUCAAGGAGAUAGCAAAAGAUCUCUAUCUUUCCCCUCUGUCUGCUGCUAAUCCCAAGACCCAAGUUUUAUACAGGAUUCAGACUUCAGAAUGGAGACAUAGGUAACUUGCCAUUUGGAUAAAAAACUCCAGAAUUGUGUGUGUUUGUUUUUUUAUAAACCACAUUAAAAUAAGUGGGAACUGCCCUUCUGUAGUUCUUGCUUCUUGAAUUGGCAGGGGCGUGCAUGAGACAUUCCUCUUGGUGUGCUUCUCUUCUGAAACUUGCUGGAUAGGAUUCCAAUUCAAAUGCAUUGUCUGCCCAACUUUUAUAGUUCAUUUGGGGACCUUUUUUCUUUUACAAACCUGAGCUUGCAUUUUGUGCAUUUGCAUAAUGAAAGAAUGUCAUGUUGUAGGAAUUAAUAUUGCACUGAUGUUGUGGCAAUUGUUGCCAGGAACAUUGUAGUUUUUUUAUCCAGAUUGCAUUUGUAGACUCAUUCUUUCUUUCAGAAACACAAGAACUGUUCUAAUCUGCAUAUCAGGUUUAGAGAAAAACUGAAAAAUUGUGUAUUUGCUCUUCAGUGACUAAGGAAGGUGUGUCUCUUUGUUCAAUUUAUUUGCAGCAGCAGUAAAACAACUUUAUAUGGAAUCAUGUUUUCAAGAAGCAAGAUGGGGUUGGCAUUUUUAAAAAAUGACUUGAGUAAAGUCUGUUAUGCUUGAGGAAUGCAGUCUCCCCUGUCCCACAUGAAUGAUUUGUUCUACUGCAAAUGGAUCUGUUGGAAUUCUAGGGUUUUUCUGUUCAAGUAGCUGUACAUACAUUAUACAUACUUUUUUUUUCUUCUCACAUCGUAAAAGGAUCUCUUAAAAGGAUGUGAUUUCUCUACCUUGUUUGAUAUAGCAGUGCAUUAUGAGCUACUGUCUAGUUAGCGGUGCUCCACUCAAAUCUGCUCUAACAUGUUCUGUUCUCAUGUGUACCUAAUACUAUAUAAACUCAUGGAGUUAGAAAUCGCUUGCUUUUUAAAAAGCUGUAUUUUAAAUUUUAAAAUGAAAUUAGAGGCAGGCACUAAUUCUGUUGAGUAUCAUAGAUUUCGUUUUGUCCGUAUCACAUGAUUUAGCAGGAAAAAAUGUGUUGGAGAGCAAUAUAUGUUUGUUGUAAACAACAGCACAUUUUUGCUGUCAUGCUUUGGAUCUCCAAUCUCCAAAAAUUGCCUCUGACUGUUGAUGAGUAGAGAAAAGUAUGCUUUCAAAAUACCUUGGAAUAAUAUAUUUAAUCUGAAUUAAAAAUGCUUAUAUGGAA